AUGCUGACUGCGAGGCAGCGCGAGUUGUAUGAUCAAGUCAUGAACGCGAGUCGAUGGCUUCGUUUGCGCAACCAGAAGAUUGGCGAUGCCGGCGCGCAUGCGAUUGCUGAGGCUCUCAAAUUGAACACGACGGUGACGUGGCUCGAUCUGGGUGAGAAUCAGAUUGGCGAUGCCGGAGCGCAUACGAUUGCUGAGGCACUCCAGGUGAACACGACCGUGGCUGUCCUCUUGCUGGAACAGAAUUCGAUUGGGGAUGCUGGAGCACAGGCGAUUGCCGAAACACUCAAAGUGAAAAAGGAGAUGAGGGACCUCAGAUUGCAGAACAAUCAGAUUGGGGAUGCUGGAGCGCAGGCAUUGGCACAGGCGCUCAGCGUGAACACGACGAUAACUACGCUCUCUCUGGGUGGAAAUCAAAUCGGCAAUGUUGGAGCGCAGGCGUUGGCUGAGGCUCUCAAAGUAAACACGACCCUGACUCAGCUCGAGCUCCUAUAUAAUUGCAUCGGCAGCGUUGGUACUCGAGCCAUUGAUGAGACAUGCACAGUCGACCGCACCUGUGAGGUUGACACCAACCACCAGAUAAGCCCAAUUGCAUUUUCUCUACCUCCACGAUUAUCGACUGCCGAAGACCUUCAGCUCGUGUUCCGCUUGCUAAUCGGCGGAUCAAAGGUGGAGAAUCAGUGCGUAGAUCUGCCAGUACUACCAGCGGAAAUUGCCGAGCGCAUCAUGGACGAGGCUUAUUACUGGCAAAACGUGCAUUCCACCAAACGAGCGUGGUUUGGUGCUGAUGACCCGGACCAUAUUCUGAAAGUCAAACUGCCGCACGGCGUCAAUGGAGCUUCGAUCCGAGUGAAGGCAAUUCACGUGUUCCGGGACGUGGAGCAAAAUCCCUACAACACCGAUGAAGUUUUCGAGAUGAUUGUUCGGGAUGAGCGAGGUGCUAUUCAAUCCGAAUUUGUUGCGACACCGACUUCUUUCGUCGAUUCGACUGAUCUUGUGACAAUCUUGCCAGCAAGGCAUCCCAUCAUCCGACAAAUCCGCGAGGGUUGGGAAGUCCACGUUCGACCCAGCAAGACUGCCACUUAUGUGGUGUUUGAAGCUCUGUAUGUCGGAUUUACGAAGCGUAUGUUUAAUUGGUGA